AUCCAGCACUGCUGCACGUAACAGCCUGUUUCUUCGAACAAUAGUUGACUGACCUUUUUGUCGUGGCGAUGGGAUUGCUAUCUUGAAGCCUACCACAAAAUGUUAUAUUUUUUCCAUAAUGCUGGAGUGCAUGCUUUCUUGCAGCCUAUUCGCUAUGUACUAUUCACUUAAUCUGCCUCAGAUAUGACUCAAACAGUCUUAUGAAUUCUGGUCAUAGUAAACUUCAACUAGAAGUCAUUCGUUUGUAUCGAAAUUUCCUGCGUGCUGUUAAUUUGUUACAAGUCAAGUCCAAAUCGGAGAAUGGUAACAGCAGUGUAAAUAACGGUCCAAAUUGUGACCAACUCAAAGAAUUUAUCCGGUCAGAGUUUCGAUCUCAAAGGCAGCACUACGCAGAGGUCAACGACGCCUAGACGAUAUUAAGUCCGGAACUGUCGUAAACAUUAGAAAACUUUCUGUCCUUCAAAAGAAUAAUGACAAGUAGUAGACUGAUUGCAAAACUCAAACGCUUUACCAAUACUCUUAAUACAGACGGAACAAACUAUGUAGCUUCUUUUGCUUAUGGAUCUGUUGUUUUUCCACAGAAGGACAGAACAUCAAGUAAUUCGCUUAUUGAUCUAGUUAUAAUUGUUCGCAAUCCUGUUGAAUGGCAUCUGAAAAAUAUUUCUGAAAACCCCAGUCACUACAAUUCCUUAUUCCGGAAUUUUGCUGAAAAGUACCAAGCAUCAAGCCUAAACAUGUUUCUUUCGCGUAUUCCCGGUCCCAAAGUUUAUUAUAACCCGUUUAUUGAAUGGAGUGAUCCAUUAGAUAAUACCAAACUAUCAUUUAAAUAUGGUGUUGUUGCUUUGGAUAGUCUGCUCACUGAUUUGUGCAAUUGGUCACAUCUUUACUUAGCUGGACGCCUACAUAAGCCUGUAUUAUGGGUUCCUAUCAGGUCUAAUCUCUCCUCCUCUCAAGGUUAUGAUGAAAAAUUGCACGCAUCACAAAGUAAAAAUCUACUUGCCUCUUUAUCUUACGCAGUUUUACUGAAUUAUCCAACAAAUUUCCCACUGAAUGAAUACGAUUUAUUCUACGCUAUUUCUUCUAUCUCUUACAACGGAGAUUGGCGGAUGAUUAUUGGUGAAGAUCGGGAGAAAAUAAGGCGUUUAGUAUCUGGUGAAAGUCGAUUAUCUGAAUUCCGCUCGCUUUAUACGAAUACGUUUAAUUCUCUUCAACAAUGCGGUUUUUCUCUUAAACCAUCUUCAAAUUCUAAUCUUGGAAAUGAGUUACAUUGGUUUAAGCCAUCUAAAAAUGAAUCUGAAAAUAUCUUCGAGCUUCUGAAAAAUAUUCCCGAUCAUGUAUGUUUACUUUCUGCUCAAGAAGUUUGUAAUGAUAAUCCAAAUGAUGCUCGAACAUUUCUUUCAAGUCUGUCACAUACAGAUAGAAACCAACGACUACAAAAUUCUGUAUCUAAUAUAGUUAGAAGGUCUAGUUUAUAUCAAACUGGUUUAGGUUUAAUUUCUGCUGGACCUAAACGAUCAUUACGAUAUGCAUUUGCAAAACUAAAUAAAAUGUUUGCUAGUUUAGGACUUAUUAAAUGGAGCUAGUUGUUAUAUAGUGUUGAGUUUUAUUUACUUCAUAUUAGUAUUUUACAUAUUAGAAGUUUUUAGUACUGUUUAUUUCUUGUGUAUAGUCUUUGCAAAUAACAUUUUGUUUACUUUGACUGCGUAUCUUUCUGUUAUUUUCUGAUAUCUUAUUAUGAUUUAUAUUCUAAAUUUUUAUGCCUUUAUGAACAUUAAUGUACCGAAGAUAUAAAAUGAUGUCUGAUUUUUUGAUAUUUUUUUAGUUAAUGAUAUGGUUGUACAAUUUAAAUAAAAG